UAAAGGAGCCACUCAAUGGAAGAAAUAAGAGAGAAGGCAUACAAGUGUGAUGUCUGUAGUAAGGAAUUUUCUCAAUCAUCUCACUUACAGACACACAGACGAGUACAUACAGGAGAGAAACCUUACCAGUGUGAUGUCUGUAGUAAGAAAUUUUCUCAAUCAACUCACUUAAAGACACACAGACGAGUACAUACAGGAGAGAAGCCAUACAAGUGUGAUGUCUGUAGUAAGGAAUUUUCCCGAUCAUCUGGCUUACAGACACACAGACGAGUACAUACAGGAGAGAAACCUUACCAGUGUGUGGUCUGUAGUAUGGAAUUUUCUCAGUCAUCUCACUUACAGAAACACAGACGAGUACAUACUGGAUCAGAAGACCUUUACAAGUGUGAGAUAUGUACAAAGGGGUUUCCCCGACAAGAUCAUCUGCAUAGACAUCACAUAAUACAUACAGGAGAGAAACCGUACAAGUGUGAUGUCUGUAGUAAGAAAUUUACUCGGUCAUUUGGCCUACAGACACACAGACGAGUACAUACAGGAGAGAAACCUUACCAGUGUGAUGUCUGUAGUAAGGAAUUUUCUCGAGCAUCUUACUUACAGACACACAGACGAGUACACACAGGAGAGAAACCUUACCAGUGUGAUGUCUGUAGUAAGAAAUUUUCGCGAUCAUUUAAUUUACAAAAUCACAGAAAAGUACAUACUGGAGAAGACCUUUACAAGUGUGAGAUGUGUACAAAGGGGUUCCCCCGACAAGAUCAUCUGCAUAGACAUCACUUGAUACAUACAGGAGAGAAACCUUAGUAGUGUGAUGUGUGCGGUGAAGGUUUUAGACGACAAGAUCAACUGUCUUCAUCUCGGGAAACCUACAGGAGAGAAUUAAAUCUUACAAGUGUGAUGUCUGUAGUAAGAAUUUUUCUCGAUCAUUUGGCCUGUCUGUGGUAAGACAUUUACUCUAUCAUCUAACUUACUGACACACAGUCAAGUACAUUCAGGUGAACACCUUUACAAGUGUGAGAUAUAUACUAAUUAAGGGGUUUCCCUGACAAGAUCAUCUGUACAUGUGCAGACAUUGCAGGAUACAUACAGGAGAGAAACCUUACCAGUGUGAUGUCUGUGGAGGUCUAUAGUAAAGUAUUUGGUCACUCAUCUAGCCUACAGACACACAGAAAAUUAUAUAAAGAUGAAAAACUUUACAAGUGUGAUGUGUGAGAUAAUUAAAUAGUUUAGUCAACUAGAUAUUCAUGAGAGAUGCCCUAUAAGUGUUAUAUAUCUGUAGUACGGAAUUUCGUUAUUCAUCUGACUUACGGAGGCACUUAGUUUAAACUUUCUUUUAUUCAAGUAUUUGCAAUAUAUAUGUAUAUAUAUAGCAUUUUGUAACAAAACACAAAAUAGGAAAUAGAAACAGUGUCUUAUGUAAAUCUAUCACUUAAGGACACAUACAGGAGAGAAACUGUAGAAGAGCGACGUCUGAAGUAUGGAAUUAUUAAAUCUUCUCAUCCAACUGUAUACUUUAAAAGUAAACAGACCUUAAAGAAUCCAUACGUAUAAUUAAUUUCUCUAAUAUUGAUUAGUAGCUUCUUUGGAUGUAGCCCGACAAAGUAUGAAAAUAACCUUAGUUUAAACAACAUUUUAUUUACAAAUAUGCAGUACAUGAUAUAAAAUUUUACAGAAUCUAAUGUUUCAAGGUCACAGAUGGCAAAACACUUCAAACAACUUGUUUUGAAUAAUUUAAAGGCAUAUAAUUAUGUUCUUUGGCUUGUAACUUCCUGUGAUUAAGCCCAAGGACAUUUGUGGGUGAAAAUAACCUGAGUGCAGUCCUUGCCAUAUCUAACCCCUGUGACCUUGAAAAUAGUCAUUUUCAAACACAGAUGUUUUUGGGGCUCCAUCAAUGGAAGCCACCAGCUAAGUGUUAUGAUUCUAUGCCUUUCAACUCUCCAGAAGAAGUGUUUUGAAGUGUUUGACAUAUUUGACUAAUGUGACCUUGAAAGUAAGUCAAGGUCAUUUUCAUUCUCAA